AUUGUUUUUUAUCCUUAAAAAAUGCAGAGAAUAAUGAUCCUAAUCCUUUUUUCAGAAUCGAGAAAGUGACUGACCACCUGGAAGCACUCAUUGAUCCAUUUGACCUGGAUGUUUUCACGCCACACCUCAACAGCAACCUCAAUCGCCUGGUGCAGCGAACUUCUGUUCUGUUUGGAUUGGUUACUGGUACGGAGAGUCAGUUCAGCCCCCGGAGCAGUACAUUCAACUCCCAAGAACCCCACAACAUACUGCCACUGGCAUCGAGUCAGAUCAGGUUUGGACUUCUCCCACUCAGCAUGACAAGCACUCGAAGGGUGAAAUCAACCAGCAGAAGCGUCGAAACAAAAGCCCAGGAUGCCAUCCGUUAAGCCUGCAGGAGUCCUUCUGGGUAUUUCUGAAUUGUGCUGUGACACGUGUUUGAGAGCUCAAACAGCUUGUCUUCUUACAGAAUUCAGUUGUAGUUUGCUUGUUAGACAAAACAUGAGCAGUGUAUCCUUUCCGUAUUCCCUGAUAUCAAACCCAUGAAGAUCCAUCCACGGUCCUCAUUAUCUUCUUUUAAAAUUUGGGAGAUAGUAGUAAAACAAAGAAAAAGCUCUUGCAAAAACCACUCACUCCCUAAGCAUGGGCCUGUGCUGUAACUUCCCCCAGAACACUGCGUUUCCACUUCAAGUGACUGGCCUUCCAAUCCUACCCAGAUCAGAGGAACAGAACAUGGAAAGGAGGUGCAUAUAUUUACCCUUUUCCUAGGACAGGCAUUUUCAAAUUCUAGUUCUGUCACGUAAUAAAAUCUUACGCUGUUCCCCAUGUCCUCUUCAAAUCAUGAGAAACAACAAAGUUAUCCGAGUAGAGCUUUCUGUGCUUCUAAGACCUGCUUGUGUGCCGUGUGGACUCCGAGUGGCAUGGUGUGGCGUGUGAGCAGGCAGGAGGGCUCGGGGAGACUCUAAGGCACUUUCCUCUACAUCCAAUGGCAGGUUGUCCCCCCGGCACUCUCCAGAGCAGGUGACCCGAUGCUUCCUGGCUCCUUGUUCAGACAGCUCGUCAGUGAGGAAGACGACACGUCUGCACCUUCAUUAUUCAAACUUGGCUGGCUCUCUAGUAUGACUAAGUAGCAUGGGAACAUACCCCUCUCUCUAAAUAAAUACUACCACAUUAUUUCUUCUAAA